AUGGAAAAGGUCGACAUUGAGAAGCCAGACGGCCCUAUAACUGUAGAGGCCGAGAAGCACGUCUCUGUUGACGAUGCCGCCACCGCCGAGUCAGCGCAGAAGCAAGCAAAAGGUCGCCCCAAGCGAAUAGCCUCCUUUAAGGACUAUGUGCGAGUCUUCCAAUACGCAACAAAAUGGGACUUUGUCGCCUACGCUGCCGGCGUCUUUGCCUCCAUUGGCGCCGGCAUCACGUUGCCAUUGAUGAACGUAGUCUUUGGUAAUUUCGUUGGAAGUAUAAGCGACUUUACCAACGCUGCCAACCUAGGUCAGGAUGGCUUCCGCAAAAGGGCGGAUAAACUAUCUCUAUACAUGUUUGCUCUAUUUCUUGGUCGACUAGGACUCAACUAUAUCAACAAGUUUGCUUUUCGAAUGAUUGGAAUCCGAAUAUCCUCAGCUAUCCGACUGCAUUACUUGACAGCACUGUUGGGUCAAAGCAUACAUGUCUUGGAUUCAAUGCCUCCCGGCUAUGCUACUACAACAAUUACAUCUACCAGCAAUGUGCUGCAGCUUGGUAUUUCGGAGAAGCUCGGUGUCUUUUUUGAGUACAAUGCCACAAUUGUUGCUGCCAUCAUCAUUGCGUUUACUCGGAAUUGGGCCCUCACGCUCGUUACCUCCUCGGCGAUUCUCUUCAUUGCCCUCACCGUAUCAGUGCUGCUGCCGAUCAUUGUCAAGGGCCACGGAAAAGUAACUCUCGCUGAAGCAAAAUCCUCUGCCGUCGCAAGCGAAACAUUUGCUAGCAUUCGUAUGAUUGCAGCGUGUGGCGCCGAGAGCCGCAUGCGUACAGCUCCCUUCAUGUCCCUGCAGUUUGGGCUCAUUUUCUUCAGCGUGUUUUCCGCCUUUGCGCUUGCAUUCUGGUAUGGAACCAAGUCCGUGGCUGAAGGCCGAAUUGAUAACGUUGGAACGAUUGUCAUCGUUUUGAUGUCCGUCAUGAUGGUCGUUUUCUCCCUGGAACGAACUACCACCCCUCUUCUAGCUGUCAGUAAAGCUACAGUUGCCGCUGCCCAGUUCUUCACUGUGAUAGACGCCCCCCAGCCGAAUAAAGGUCAUCUCACGGAACCAGAUGUUUCUGCUACGGAAGAUAUUGUGUUCGAUAAAGUCACAUUCGCCUAUCCGAGCCGUCCCCAUGUCAAAAUUCUAGACGAGUUGGAUCUCCGCAUCGAGUCGGGUAAAAUCAAUGCCAUUGUUGGCCCCUCAGGUUCGGGAAAGAGUACGGUUGUAGGACUGAUCGAAAGAUGGUAUACUCUUAAGGAACAAUACGUCAUUGAGGAAGCCGUGGAACAGGAAAAGAAGAAGAAGAAUAAGAAUAAGAAGUCGGUUGAGGAGGAAGCAGAGGAGAUCAGAGCGCAAGAACCAGAAGAAACGGGCUCACCGGUGAAACUCAGUGGUACACUCACAACAUGUGGUCAUGCUCUUGACGACAUCAAUUUGAAGUGGUGGAGAUCACAAAUUGGAUUAGUCCAGCAGGAACCCUUCCUCUUCAACGACACAAUCUUCAAAAACGUGGCGAAUGGUUUGAUUGGCACGCAAUGGGAGAGCGAGUCUGAAGAGAAGAAACGAGAAUUGGUCAAGGAUGCAUGUGUCGAAGCAUUUGCUGAUGAGUUUAUUGACAAGCUUCCACAGGGUUACGACACUAUUGUUGGUGACAGUGGUGCCAAACUCUCCGGUGGUCAGCGUCAACGUAUUGCCAUUGCGAGAUCUAUCGUCCGAAAGCCAAAGAUCCUUAUCCUUGACGAAGCGACCAGCGCGAUCGAUGUUCGAGGAGAGCGUAUAGUCCAAGCUGCCCUCGACCGCGUGGCCCAAAACCGGACAACAAUCACGAUAGCCCACCGCCUGUCCACAAUUAAGAAAGCUGACCGAAUCAUCGUGAUUAAGAAAGGAAAAGUCGUAGAGGAGGGCACCCACGAAAGCCUUAUCGCCCUGGAUGGCGGUGUCUAUUCUGGCCUCGUCCAGGCUCAAGCACUGUCUUUGGGAGGAUCGCCCCAAUCUGAUGAGAGCGAUGAAAAGGAAGAUGUUUAUGAGGAUAUAGCCCGGGAAAAAAGCCAUGCCGUUACCGAAGCCGAAGCCCAGACAAGCGACAACACCGAGAAACAACGCAACAUCUUCAACAGUUUCGGCCGCCUAUUCUACGAAACCAAAAGCCACUGGUAUUUGAUGUUCCUGACGGUGGGUUUUGCCGCUUGUGCUGGAGCAGCGGUUCCAUUGCAAGCCUGGCUGUUUGCCAAACUCAUUGUGGUGUUUCAGUUUACCGGACAGGAACUACUACACGAGAGCCGGUUCUGGUCCCUGAUGUGGUUGGUGUUGGCCAUCGGCGUUGGCUGCGCUUACUUUGGAACGAUCUUUUCUUCUACCCGGAUGGCAUCAAUAAUUCGAGCUAAAUAUCAGCAACAGUAUUUUGAAGCCAUUCUUUACCAAAAGACAUCUUUCUUCGACGAUGAGGAUCAUUCUCAUGGUACCAUGACAGCCCGUGCUGCGGGAGAUCCCCAGCGACUUGAGGAACUCAUGGGCGCCAACAUGGCCAGCGUCUACAUCGCCAUUUUCAACCUCACCGGAUCCAUUGCCAUUGCCUUUUCCUUUGGAUGGAAGUUAGCCUUAGUCGGUGCUGCCGUCGUCAUGCCUAUUCUUCUCGCCUCAUCGUAUUGGCGUUUCAAGUACGAAAUCCAGUUUGAAAAGAUGAACAACGAGGUCUUUGCAGAAAGCUCAAAGUUUGCCUCCGAAUCGAUUGGUGCCUUUAGAACAGUCACAUCUUUGACCCUGGAGGCCCCUAUAUCGCAACGUUUUGAAACACUGUGCAAUGGCCAUGUUAAGACGGCUUUCAAGAAGGCUCGUUGGGUUAGUCUCCUCUUUGGAUUUGCCGACAGCUGCACAUUGGCUUGCCAGUCUCUCAUUUUCUACUAUGGAAGCCGCCUUUUGGUCAGCGGCGAGUACAAGAUUGAGAAUUAUCUUGUGUGCUUCAUGGCCAUUAUGAACGCUUCCGAGUCGGCUGGUCAGAGUUUCGGUUUUGGGCCAAACGCGGCGCAGGUCACGGCCGCAUCGAACCGGAUCUUAAACACGAGGGACACUAUGAUCCAAGGCAAGAGCUCUGGAGCAAAGAGUCUCCCCGAGUCUCAGGGAGGGAUGAAAAUUGAAUUGCAGGAUUUGCAUUUCAAGUACCCGACUCGAGACAUUCCUGUCUUCCGUGGACUGAACUUGACGAUUGAGAAGGGCCAGUUUGCAGCUCUUGUGGGAGCAUCUGGAUGUGGCAAGACGAGCAUCAUUUCCCUCCUAGAACGGUUCUAUGAUCUCGACAAAGGUCGUAUCUUGUGCAACGGCCAGGAUAUCGCCGAGGUCAACAUCUUCGACUACCGCAAACAUCUCUCUCUUGUAGCACAAGAACCAACCCUCUUCCAAGGCACUCUCAGAGACAACAUCAUCCUCGGCGUUGACGAAACCACCGUCACCGACGAACAAAUCCACCAAGCCUGCCGCGACGCCUCCAUCCACGACUUCAUCGUCUCCCUCCCAGAAGGUUACAACACAAACAUCGGCUCCCGCGGUGUUUCCCUCUCCGGAGGCCAGAAGCAGCGCGUCGCGAUUGCCCGCGCGCUCAUUCGAAACCCGGAGAUCUUGCUCCUUGACGAGGCCACCAGCUCGCUCGAUUCCGAGAGCGAGAAGCUCGUCCAGGCUGCGUUUGAGCGAGCCGGAAAGGGCCGCACAAUGGUUGUGGUUGCUCAUAGACUGGCUACGGUGCAGAAUGCGGAUGUCAUUUUCGUUUUGGGAGAGGGCAAGCUGCUUGAGCAGGGAAGCCAUCUCGAACUGUUGAAGAAGAAGGGCGUUUAUUGGCAAAUGUGUCAAAGCCAGGCUCUGGACAGGUAA